AAACAAAAAAUCAAGGUUCAAGUCCGACUUAUGAUACCCAGAAACUUCACAAGUUCCAAUAAUUACCUUACUCUUGAAUUCUCAUCUGAUGCUGGUUUAAAAUAAAAACUAAAGAAAAAUCAAGCACCCCUGCUGCUUGCCACAUUUCUUGCCUGCUUAUGUAACAGUAACAUAUUCUCAUAGCCUCGUAGUAUUGAGUUCCAAGGCCAUCAUCUAACAUGUCACAGAUAUCAUUCCAAGAAAGUGGCAGUUCAGUUGUAUGUCAUGAGGCUGAGAAUAUGAUUGAAACUACUAUUCAACUCUCUCGAUUCUCCGGGCGAAGAUAAACACAAAUCCAUGGAUAAAUGAUUGCUUUCCAUGGAUAAUGCUGCAAGAACAGCCUCAUCCAUCUUUCCUUUUGUUGCUUUUGUCCUCGUUAAUGUGGAACUCAUACUUCCACCAGAGCCAAGAAUGAAUCAACAUGAGCAAGUCAAAAACAUCUUUCCGUUAAUCAAACCAACAAUAACCACGGGCUCAUGAAUCAAGAAGCAGUUUUCCCAAUAACAAGUGCACAUCCACAAAACAAUACAAGCAUCUCAAAGACAUAUCAUCAACAAAAUCCGUCAAAAUAGCAGAUUUAUGAAUCAAUCCAUGACAUACACAUACCCAGAAAAAAUAUCAUGCUUCAACAGAUCAUAGCUACAAGCCAUGAAUAUGAGAGAAACUGAAAGCUCAGAAACCAUAAAUUUUGAAAAUGGAGAGAGAGAUAAAGGCUUAAGAUUUCUGGAGAGAACUUCAACAUUAUAUUCAUUCAAACUUGUAUAUAUACAUACAUACAUAUAUAUAUAUAUAUAUCAGAUUUGUUUUUAUGUGGUCAUCAACAACUCUACCUACCCCUAACUUUCAGCUUGUUUAGGUUUAUAGCACAUUGGUACAUCCAAGGAUAUAAAAGCAAAAAUAUUAGCAUUAAAAAUACAAUAAAAUAUCAAAAAGAAGUAACAACAAAAGGAGCCACUCCUAUCAACACUCCUCACUGGCAUUUUUGCUGCGAACACCAAUACUCUUUCUCAAAUUCUCAAAUCUGGAUCUGGGCAAAGCUUUUGUUAGGAUAUGAACAAGCAGGUCCUCAGAACUGCAAUUAACAAGAAUCACUCCUUUGUGAUGCUUAGCUUCUUUUAUAAAACGAUAAUCUUAGAAUGCUUGGUCCUGCCAUGAAACACAAGAUUUUUACAAAUAAGAACCACAGACUGAUUAUCACAUCUGAUUCCAGUAACUUCUUUUGUGUCUACUUCAAAUCCACCAAUUAUUUUCUGAGACAAAUGGCUUGAUUGAUUGCAAUAGCAGCAGCUGCAUACUCUGCUUCAGUCGUUGACUGAGCUCAUGUGUCCUGCUUCUUUUAGUUCCAAGUAAACACACCAAGACCAACAGAAAACAUAUACCCCGAGGACUUUUCACAUCGUCGCCUGAGCCAGCCCAAUCACUAUCUGUAAGUCCAAACAGCGUUUUCUUGAAGCAGAGACCAUAGCCAGCAGUUCCAUUAACAUAUCUCAACACCCUCUUGGCACCUCUGAAGUGCAUUUCACUUGGAGCCUGCAUAAAGCUGUAUGGCAGACUGGUUGCGUAAUAAUACCAGGUCUUGUUAUACAGCUGACAACCAAUCAAACUUCUGUAAAUGCUUUCAUCAACUUUGUCACACCCAUCUUCUUUUCUACUUUUCAUUAAGCACUAGAGCUGUACUAACAGGUUUACUAUUUGUCAUACCGAACUUCAUUAUCGUACUUUCUUUGACUGUAAUAAAAACUCCCUGUUGAGAAUGAGAAAACUCCAUGCCAAGGAAGUGGGAUAUCACCCAAGUCCGUCAUCUAAACAUGUUUUGCAUUUCUUCUUUGAAUUGUUGUACCAGUCUGUCAACAUACAAGGAGACUAUCAGCUUGUUUUACACACGAAGUUAGCUCACUAUUGCUUUUGUUAAACCAAAACCGCCCCAAGUGAUUAUCAAUCCUGCUAUACCAGGCCCUUGGAGCCUGUUUUAAACCAUAUAAGGUCUUUAUGAGAAAUAGGCCUCCUUCUUUUCCCUUCACCAAUAAACCCUCAAGUUGUUCGACAUAACCCUUCUCCUCCAAAUAACCAUUCAAAAAGUCUAAUUUAAGAUCAGAUUAAUAAAUUUUUCAAGUUGUUUCGUGCAGCUAAUAACAGACUACUUGUAUCAUGCCUUCACUAGUGUAAAGGUUUUAUAGAAAAAUAUAUAAUUAUUCAGUUUUGUAUAUUUUAUUUCAGUAUACAGUUUGUUACUUUUUUGUCCCUAGGAGAUUUCCUUUUUCCACUGCCUUACCUGGCAGUUUCCAAGACUUAACCAACUCCUAUGGAGCGGUCUCGGCUGUAUCAUUUUUAUUUCUUGUCAGAUUCGAAUGAGGAGUUAUGUUGUUUUUCUGUCCAAAUCUACAUGGUAUCAGAGCAGUCCUAACUCCAAUUUGUUCAUCCCAAAUCCACGACUGAUAACUCCAAUUUGUUCUUCUCAAAUCUGCGACUGAUUCCGAUUGCUGUUCCACCAAAAUUUGGUCCUACUUCCUUCGAGUUUUUCAUCUGAAAUGGCAUCCACCGUCGAAGUUUCUUCUUCCUCCCAAAUUCCCUCAGUUCCGACCCCUAGAGGAGGAUCCAAUUCCUCUGCUGUUCUUAUUACCAGACAUAAACUGGAUGGCCACAACUAUCUUCAGUGACCCCAUUCAGUCAGAUGACCCAAUGUACAAGCUGUUGAAGAUAGAGAACGAUAUGGUCGUAGCUUGGCUUGUCAACUCCAUGACGAAUGAAGUCGGUGAAAACUUUAUUCUCGAUGAGACAGCGUAAGAAAUCUAGAUGACUGCCAAGGAGACAUACUCUGACACAGAAGUUACAGCAGUUACAGCGUAAGAAAUCUAGAUGACUGCCAAGGAGACAUACUCUUAACACAGAAGUUACAGCAGUUACAGCCUUUGACUGUUUCUUCAACUAUCAACAACAAAAGAAGCCUUUAAAUAGGCUUUCAAUUUGAAAAUCCAGUCUCUCCUAAGAAAAUAGGAGGUGAGGGUGUUUGGGAAACUACUUGAAGCCAUAGCGAAUUCUUCCGGUUUACAGGUUCUGGUUUGAAAAAGAAGCCUUACUAGUUUUCUCUGACUUACAAUUCCCCAGGCCAAUAUUUGUCUGAUACAAUUUGAAAGCUCAGAAACCACAUAAAUUGAAAACGGAGAGAGAUAAAGGCUUAGGACUUUUGGAGAGAAGUUAAACAUCAAAUUCGUUCAGACUUGUGUGUGUGUGUGUAUUUCAAUACAAAAGACUUGUUUUUUACUUUGUUCAACAACUCUACCUACCCCCAACUGGUUUGCCUUCCUAACUUUCAGCUUGUUUUAAGCUUUAUCACAAGUUGGUAUACACAAGCAUAUAAAAGAAAAAAUCUCAGCAUUAAAAAUACAAUAAAAUAUCAAAAAGAAGUGGCAAUAAAAGGAGCCACUCCCAACACCAGAAACCUUUAAACCUCAUAAAAUCUACAGUCUAUAGGCUAAAGAGGGUAGCCAAGAAAUACAGAGAUAUAUUGAGAUAACUGAAAGUCAACUGUGGAGAUCCGAAGACGUCAGUGUGAAGAGAAGGCGGCUUUGAAUCAGCAGGGAGAAAGCAACUAACGAGCCAACGUUCAAGAGACGGUUGUAGGUCCCGCAGCAAUAUACCUUUUAAAGAGUGUUUUAGUUAUGGAAUAAAUAUUAUUAAUCAAAUAAAAUGAAUAAAUUAAAUCAAUAAUCAAAUUCUGAUCUUGAAAUAACCGUCCACCCUCUCUGCCAUGUAGUUUGCCAUGGACUUUUGCAGCAACUUCAACCCCCACCGAUCGUGUAAUGGCGAAAGACGACACCUCCACCCCCACCUCGAUCGAUCACCUCCUCCUCAUCGCAUCCGCAACAGCCGCCUUCAUCGUCGCGCUCUACCACUGCCUGACCUUCUGCUGGCUCAACCGCCACUCGCGGCGGCGGCGGCGGCACUCCAUGCCCGAGCAGGAAGAGAUCAGGCAAGCCGCCUCCGCCGGCCUCGACGGCAACUUCAUCUCCAAAUUCAUCCCGGCGCACAAGUUCCAGAAGGCGGAUCCAGAAGCGAUCUUGCUGCCGGCGGAAGACGGCGUCUGCGCAAUUUGCUUGUGCGAGUUCGAAGAGGGCGAGGAGCUGCGGGCGUUGCCGGAAUGCGGCCACAGUUUUCACGUUGCCUGUAUCGAUAUGUGGCUGUAUUCGCAUUCAACUUGCCCGAUCUGCCGGAGCGCCGUCACGCCAUCGACGGAGUUGCUGGGGCAGCCGUCGGAUUCCAAUUGAGGAUAGACCACACGGAGACGGCCGCAAUUGCAUUUGGAGGUGAUUUGGGAGCAUGGAAAUCAAAUCAUUUACUAUAAAUAAGCAUUUAAUUGAGUUAAUAAUUAUAAAAGUAUCAAUUUGGUAUUAGUUUUUGAGAAUAUUUUUUGCUGCGAUGAACUUAAAUUGUCAAGAAGAAAGCAAAGCGGCUCUCUCUU